AUGGAGCUUCAGGAGGAGCCGAAUCCAACCACCUCCGCAAUGGAUGCUCGGGAGCGACGCAAACUGCAAAACCGUCUGGCACAGAGGAAUUUCCGUCGAAGACAGGCUCUUAAAGAGAAGCAGCAGCGGAAUGAGCAGCAGGAGCCGGAAAUGUCACUCUGGCCAUCGUCAAGUGAAAGCCACGGAGAGAAGCAGUCGAGUGGCACGCACCAUGUUACGACGACACCGCCAGAUCAGAUCCAAUCGUCCUAUCAAACCAGCGAUCAACAAGAAGAAUCUUGGACUACGGCGGUCUAUCCUGCGAUUUCCACAUUAACAAAUGAUGCCGGCGCCCACAGCCCAACUCAUCUGCCAAUAUCGCCGGUUUCGUUCCCGCUCUUUUGUUCGCCCGAGGAUUUGAUAUCCGACAACCCAGGAGAGCAAAUUCCCAUCAGCGUCUCUGAGGCCGCCCACCCACCUAUUCCAACUGACUUGCCACCCAUUUCGUUACGGAUAACUCCUCAACCCACGGACCCCUUGAGCCAACAUUCCCCUCCGGAACCCGUGAAGCCCCUUGCAAGGGCUACUCUCCGUCGAGCCUCGAUGAACAGGUUUCCGCAAGCAAGGAGACGUUCUUUCGCCCCAGAAGUCAACGAUCAAUUCAAAAGUAACGGCAUGCGUCGACUUUCGGAAUCGGCCCCAUCACCGUCACUCCAUGGCGCCUCAAGAUCGUCGGAAGGAAAAAUGACCCUCCACAUCUGCGCCGAGAAAGGCCACGCGAACCUGAUUCGCUUUCUCCUCAAUUAUGGCGCGGAGAUCGACGCAACUGAUUAUAUAGGCCGUACCGCCCUACAUUACGCGGCUCUACAAGGCCACACGGAGUCGGUGUCGGCACUCUUGGAACAAGGUGCUGAUACCGAGCUAACAGAUGAGUUUGGGUUCACUCCAUUACACAUCGCCGUUGAACGAGGAACGCAUCAAAAGCAUCAUCGACUGCGUCACGCGUAUCUGUACAUCGCCAACCGGAUGCAGAACUUCCCACGGUUUAACGCACGUUGA